AUGAAGAAUCUCGAGUACAAAAGAAACAGAAGAAAACAAAGAUUGUCUAGUGUAAAUCUUCAAGGAGCAACAGUGUUUUCAAAUGUUUCUGACAAGCCAGCUAAGAUAGUUGGGAUUUUCUGCUUCACUUCUAAUCUAACUCAAGUUAAUGGUGAACCACGUGCACAAGGCAUGCUCUUGCCCUUUUCAUAUAAACUGAUCCAACUCUUGAACAUCAUCAUUCUCACUUUCUUACUAAAAACCCUCUCUCCAUUUAUCAUGAAGAUCAGAAGUUGCAAAAUUUUGGGAGCUGUCUUGGCCUUGGUUGUGGUUCACUUUCUUCUGUUCUCCUUGUACUCUCUCUCCCAUGAACAGAGGUUUUCAGGAGAGACAAGUCUGUCAGUGUCAAGAGAGCUUCUAUCUUCAUCCUUGGCUUCUUUUUCAACAAGUAUAAAUAAGAUAAGUGGAAGCAAGAAACAGAAGAACAAAGUUGUGGAACCGAGCCUGAGGAAAGCACCACCCAGCAUACCAAAUCCUACUCAGAACUAG